AUGGAGAAGCCCAACGCCCUCGGCAUCUCCGCCGAGGAGUUCAAGGCCAUCGAGCAGACCCGCCAGCGCCUGUUCCAGCUGUCAAACAGCAUUCAGGGUCUGAAGGUGGACGUGCUCAAGAGCAACCCGCUACCACCUCCAUCCUCCCUGCAGGCCCAGUCCCAGAUCCUCCUCCGCAACCUCCAGACCCUCCUCGACACCCUCACCGAAAACACACACGUCUUCCAGCACCUCCACGUCUUCCCGGACGUCGCGUACCCGGGCCGCGUCCACGAGAACAUCCUCCUGCAGCUCCUGCGCAAGAAGCUCGAGCCCGGCGUCGAGGAGUGGGUCGAGCGCGGACGCGAGACGACGCGGGAGCUCCGCGGCGGCACCGGCACCGGCACCGGUGGCGGCGACGGCGGGGACGCGACCAACGGCGAGGCCAAGCUCGAGGAGGUCUGGCGCGAGGUGCGCGCGUGGACCGUGGAGCGGGUGCAGAAGUACGUCCUCGAGGAGGCCGGGGACGUGUACACGGACGAGGAGCGCGAGAGGGGCGUCGAGAACGUGAGGACGGGGCUGAGGAGGGGGCUGGAGGACGACGAGGAGAGCGAAGACGACGAGGGGGACGGGGAUGAGGAUGUUGUUAUGGAAGGCCAGCCGCAGCAGCCGCAACAGCAGCAGGCGCCGAAGCGGACGGGGCCGGAGCCGGAGAUGUUGUUUUGGUUUGAGGCUAGGGGGGACUUUGAUCUGCCGCGGAACGUGGAGUUGUUGAGUCAGGCGAGCACUAAGCGUGCGCCGCUUGGGGGCACGAAGCGUGGUUAG